AUGAGAUACAAUAAGCAAGAGUUAGUUGCGUUAGCAUCUCAGACAUCUAAUAAAUUUGAUCGCGAGGGUGUAUUAGUUUUGAAGGAGCGUCAGGAUGGAUUCUUUCGAAGAUCUGAAGGAUGUUCUGUGAGAUGGUUUCGUUUAAGAGGAAACCUGUUGUUCUACUUAAAGGGACCAGAGUCAUGGAAUGAACCUAUGGGAGUAAUUGUUUUAGGGAAUCACCAAGUAAAAUUGCUACCACAAGAUGAGAAUGGUCAUUGGCCAUUUCAAAUUGUAUGGGAGAAUGGUGUAUGCUACAAAAUGGCGACAUUCCACGAAUCAGAGCGGACCCUAUGGCUGAAGGCCAUGCAGUUGGUAUCAUAUGAAAAUAUGAAAAUGCAGGUAGCAGAUCUGAAAGAAAGACUGAAUAAGAUCAGACCUAUUGUCGAUAUAGUCAACUAUCGCUUACAAAAGGGUAUUGUAAUAGAUAUGAAUGAAGUUCCGUUAUGCGAACUAGCACUGUCUUGCGACAACUUAGUUUGCGACGCACAUGGCCGCGCACCGUCGCCUCUUAUAGUUAUCUUUGUAAAGUUUCCCAAGGGACUCUGCGUUAAAUAUGGCGCCACGGAACUAGUUGAAACAUGUAGCAACCCUUGUUUCUCGAAAACUAUUUUGUUCCGUGCAAGCGACGGACUCACGGGUGAUGCUCUUGUACGGAUAAUCGUGUACGAUGUUAAGGAAUUGGUCUCGGAAACCGCUCUGCCCAUGGGGUUCGCCGCUCUUCAGCUUAGCACAAUACAGGAGGCACAAAGACUGCGUGUGGCAUUACAGACACGAGAAAAUCGCCCAGUCGGUUUUGUAACCAUAAAUGGUUGGAGUCUUGAACCCUCAUACAUAGGAAUGAGUCCUAGUCAUACGAACGAUAAAAACUGUAUAGACAUACCACAGAAAGUGUUAUGUCAUAGAAGGUCGCAAUCGCUGCCGCCCAGAUUAGGUCUGAAAUUGAAGUUCCCAUCCUAUGGGAGCUUAUUGAAGCAGAACUUUGUAAACAGUCACCAAGUAACGUACAGAUUUCAUUCCGGUCUAGGCGGUGAUAUAACGGUGCACGAAAUCAUGGCAGAACCUAAACUAUGUUAUCAGAUACCAAUGCAACUGCUAGACAUAUAUAUACAAAGAGAAAAGGAACUGUUUGAGGAGUUAUUAUCAGUCGGCGAGAUGUGCGCACAGUGGCAGACCCGGCAGCUGGAGCUGGUCAGCGUCCAUAUGGCGCUGCUCAAGCAUUACUGUCACUCCAAGCUUUGCAUGCAGCAAGUAGACUGCGCCUACUUCAAACCCAGUAGCAGGAAAGAUGAAGCGAGUUUGGAAUUUGCUCCAAUAAACUUACACCUUCAACGGAUGUGGGUGCAUAAUGAUACAUUGAACAAGACUGGCUUCCACGACAUCAUCACGGCUGGCGCGUUCGCUGCCCAUACUCACAAAGCUCAAAGGAGCCGAGGCUUAAUAACAUUAGUACAGCAAGUGAAAGACGUGAAUAGCACGAAGGCUGAGUGGAACUCCGCCACAAAUAAGAUACAGGCGGAGUAUGACAACGUGGUAGCCGUGAGGAGGCUCCGUGAGCAGUUGGACAACGAUCUCGACAGGAUUGUGAUGUUGUUACUGGCCAAGCAGCCAACAGAUGCACAUGCCGUUCUUGACGGUGUUAAGAGUAAAGUAAAGAGCUUGCUCGCGCUAUGGGAGCCGACUUCGGUAGAGGAAUCGUUGUCAUUCAUCGGAUGGCCCGAUAAUAACUACAAUGAUGACGUUGAUAAUAAUCAGGCAUUGUCGACGAUUUUGCGUUUGACUGAACAGCUAACGAUGUUUGAUGCAAUGAGUUCAGAUUGUGAUACCAUCGACGCCUCAUCCAGUUCAUCCUCCAAAGAGACUUCACCCACUGUAGAUUUCCCUACCCUCUCUUCCAGCGUACCCAAUAUAUGCCCUAAUUGUACCCACAGAGAUCCUAGAAUAGAUGUGACCGAACUACAUUUCCAUAAUAAUUAUUUUAAAACCGAAAAGAAGGAGCGCAGCAGUUUGAAUCUCUCGUUCAGAUCAGUGCGAUCACCAGCAAAGCCCCGUCUCAAUGAUACACAGAGCCGCUCGUUUGAUAAUAACAAAGUGAGGCAUGGAAGUCUAAGGAAUGAUUUCAAGUGCUCAACAUCUUUGGAGCAAGUUUCUUAUAGAAGUCUAAUGAACAGUCUCAAUGGUACUGACAGAAAGAAGGGCGUAGAGCAUAGAAGAGAAUCUAUUCCGUUCACGGCGUUGGACCCGGCGGUUCGGGAGAAUCACUUGGCAUAUUUACGUGGUGUGGGCAGCAACGUGGAGGAGGCACUCACAUAUGUGGCUACGGGGGUCGCCACCGCUCUUUGUGAUCGAGAUGCACCUAUAUCAGAAGACUUUCUAGAACAAUUGAAGUCUCACAUGGAGUCAUUGAAAUGUAGUACGGGCGAGGUUGUUAGGUGGCUACGGGUAUCGCACGCGGCGCUUCGGCUCAGAUAUGAGGCGCCUAGCUGGGCGAAGGAGCGUGCAGCAUUGCAGACUAGAAGAGAUACGUGCUUUUCGCAAGCGUUAACAACGGCAACUACUGGCCUGCUAUGCUGGUUGUGUUCAGUACCAGGUGACGUGAUAGUCAAGCUGCUCAGCACGGGGCUGGGCCCUUUGUGUGGGUUCGAGGGCCUACUCAGCCUGUAUUCAACUGAGAAGGCCAUGUGGGGUGACAUGGUAGUGGCUGUGGAGGAUUUACAGACUGUCGUGUUUACGCUAACUAAAGUUGGGCAUAGUAGUACUGCGAUACCUCAAGUGAGCGGCACCAGAGGAGCGCUAACAGUUCAUCUCCCCGUGUCGGAUUCGCUAUACUCUAAAUUUAUAUCUAAAGAGCAUCUGUCAUUCACCAUAACGGCCGUUUUCUUCAACAUCGGUAUUAAUGAAAAGGCGACGCUGGCAGAAGCGCUCGGCGAGACUACGCCGCAGUACCACUCCAACAGUGACAACUUCGAUAGGCUGAACAAGUACUACCAUAAGUACAGCAAAUUGUUCCCACCUGAUCAUGCUGCUAGAGCUUCUCCAAGAACAAAGCCACUCGAAGAGGUUAUAGAAAAUUUAAGGAUAGCUGUACACAAGAAAGUGCCCAAAAAUAUAGAAGUAUUACAUUUAUCAGCACUGGCGACCAGGCUUAUGAAUGGUAUAAGGUUCACGUCGUGCAAGAGUGCCAAAGACCGUACAGGAAUGUCGGUGACGUUGGAACAGUGUUCUAUCUUAGCUACUGAGUAUCACCUCGCUGAACAUGAAAUGCAGAAAGCUCUCAGUAUUAUGCGGAGUGAUGGUUGUCGCCGAGAGAAUACCAAUAAAAACAUCGGAGUGAGGAAGUAUGCCUUCACCAAAAAACAGGUGAUGGGUCUGCCCCCGGACUACCGACCGCCGGCCGGCACCUACGGUUCUUCACAGACUUAA